GAAUUCGAAUUUCAUCAUCUCGACUGUUUUAACUGUUUUAAUAACUUUAUUCUCAAUUUCUGUCAUUUCUCCACAUCUCAUUCCUUCCUUCGAGUUUAUCGAUAUUCGAACUUCAUUCUUUUGUCACAGCAGAUUUUAUACCCAGCCAAGGCUUUCAUCUCUACUCCAGAAAGUCUUGGAUUUUUAAGAAGAACCGCAUUCGAUACAUGGUUAACGACAACAGCAUACGUCAGCUCAUCUAGGAGACAACCUUCAUCAAUCCUUUUAAACUUCAAUCUUACCAUACGAAUUUCCAAUGCGAUACUAGACAGUGUUCAUCUUGUGGUUUAAUACAAUAUCUACUGUCUCUAUUCCUUUUCUCACAAUGCCUGUUCAACGAACCCUCUUCGGGACACCCAUACCUCAUGUCCCUCCUCGUCGCAUGGCCGUUCUUCUCGGCACCGUUGCCGUUUUCGCUGUUAUAACAUUAGUGUUUACACUUCCCAACUCGAUACCAUCCGGUCCAUCCCUUGGCAGGUUCACAGAUCAUCGCAUGUCAUUACCAAAACUACCUAAACAAUUACCCUCACCGAGUAUCCUCAAUCCUUUCCGACAAGCAGCACAUGCUCCGCCAGUUCAAAAGAAUAGCACAUAUGGUGAAUCGAAAUGGCAUGCUAAUUGGAAUUGGUUGAGUCCAUUUUCAUCAUCGGUGACAUUGGAUGAAAAUCGAUCCUUGCUACCACCUCUCAGGGAACGACCAACCAUUUAUACAUACUAUGAUCACACAAUCCAAAAGGAUGAUAAAUUGAAAGAUGCCGAGAAUGCGCUCUUGGUUACAUGGAGAAGGGCAUGGUGGGCACAAGGCUUUAAACCUAUAAUUCUAAGUCCUGCGGAAGCCAUGAACAAUCCAUUAUACCCCGAAUUACAACGAAUUGAAGUCGAAGAUUCACUGAAAACGGAUUUGACCAGAUGGUUGGCUUGGGAAAAUAUGGGUACUGGAUUGCUCUGCAAUUACCUCACACUUCCAAUGGGUCCUUACGAAGAUCAAACCUUGAGUUAUUUGAGAAGAGGAGAAUAUCCAUUGUUGACAAGAUAUGAUGAAAUGGGAAGUGGUAUCUUUUCAGGAUCAAAAGCAGACAUCACAGCAGCGGUGAAAGCGGCUUUAGCAAAUCCGAAUUUGAAAGAUGCCAAAGAUUUUGUCAGUGCUGUACCCAAAGAUACCUUCCAGAUUGAUCCUUCCCACGAUUCUUUAGCCUUCUACCAGACGAAGGUCCUCGAGGAAAAAUAUCCACACAUUUCAAAAGAGUAUGAAGAAGAUAAGGCAGCGGGUAUGCAAUCACUAAACAAACUCAUGAUAUCUCAUCUUCAUCAAACAUGGCAAAAUAUCUUCACCAAAGGAAUUUCCGUGGUCAAACCAGAACCAGAACAUAUGUCAUAUCUUGUCGAGCCAGCUUUACGACUUGCUGAAUACCUUUCUCAAUGUCCCGAGUCAGCAAUGCCAGCUUCUUGUCCACCAAACCGACCAAAAUGUAAACCAUGUGUUGCUUCAUCCCCGAUGAAAAUUAGUACUCCAGCUUUUUAUCGCAAUACUUCCGGCCUUUAUACCAUCGGAACUGUUCCUCAUCCUUACACAAUGUCUACACUGACUAGCUUUCGAGAGAAUAUCGAUGUCCCAUGGAUUAGACGAGAGUCCCCUCGUGAUCCUUGGCUCUCGAGACUUACUCAAGAACUUCUUGGUACAGGAGUUUCUGGUACUCCACGUAUCAUAAAAUUCAAAGAAGCCGUUGCAAGCCCUCAUGGAACAUCUCAUUCUCUCUGGCUCACGGCCGAAAAGGAAGUUCCUUCGGAUUUAGACUGGUAUUUCGGCUUCACCAUCCCGCGUAACGCUACUGAUACAGGAAAAUCCGAAACUCCAGUUCCAGGUCCAGAACGUAGACCAAAGCCAGUUCAUGAUCCACAAGAUGGACCAAUUCCAGCAGAAGAAGAUAAAACGAAAGAGGAAUCUCUAUUAGAAAAAGCAAAAAUGUUUGGUGGUAGUAAAAAUCCUGGAGAUUUAAAGAUUAGGGGAGCGGUUGAAGCGUGGAAUUUAGCCGAUACAGAAGCGUGGAGAUUUGCUAGGGCAUAUUUGGCGAGAUCGAGAGUCGAGAGGUUGAAGUGGGAGGAGGAAGAAAAGAAAUAUGCUGGUGGUGCAGGAGCUGAGAGAGGAAGGGAAUCAGGAUGGGGAAGAUGGUUUGAUGAUAAAUAAAUAUCUUUGGGGGAUUAUGAAGAAAGGGAUUUCAGAAGUGGAAUGAAUGGAUGUAUGAAAUAUAUAAAUUUCUUUUAUAUUUUAGCGAAGUGAUGCGUGUAUGUAUGUAUGUGUACGCGAUGCUUUUACGGUAUAAUGAGUAGCUAUCUAGAUAGAUAUAGAAGAUACCAUUAUUGGAGAUUGAUGAAGUAAUUAUAUACCCACACCAAUCC